AGAUAGAUUUAUGCCAAUGUGUUUAUUGCCAUGCCAAGUAGUGUGAAGUGAACAAGUAGUUAUUUGUGUCUGAAUGUGUGAAAGUUGAAAUCAAAGUGUGAAAUAAGUGUGUGUGAAGAAGGAACAGUGGUCAGAUACUUUCUGAGAACCUCAAAUUUAAAAUAUCAUUACUCUAGGAUAUGCUGGAGGUGAACAGUGAACUGUCUGGAGUGAGAUUUUAUAACAGAAAAGAGAACUCUUUGCUAUUUUGUCUUGUGAAUUAGAUGAUUCUAAAUGCCAGGCUUGUCCCAAAAUACAUUUUCCAGUAUUUCCUAAAAUGUUUGAAGUUGUAGCAUCUACUUUCUUAGCAGAUCUGCCUGCUACUCAAUUUCUACAUUAAACCAAAAGAUUUUAAUACUCUCAUGUUGUGGCUGUGUUUGGGGAUGUCUAGCAUAGAAAAAUACAUUAAUUUUAAGACCUUAUCAUCAAAAAGAGAAGAAUUUAGUUCAGAAUGUGCAUUACUAUUCUGGGGCCUUCAUUGGCUGUCUAGGAAGUCUGAAAUCUUAACUGAGGGAUCACAUUGGAAGGGCAAAGUUAUAGAGUUAUAGAACUGCCAAAGAGUAUUAAAAUAAUACUGAUAUUUGUUUUCUUCUCCCUUAUUGCAAACAUGAAAUUCAAUGGUAAAAAGGGAAAAUCAAAGAAAGCAAAGGAAGCGAAGCUGAGAGCUGAAGCCCUAUUACGAGCUCAACAAGAAGAAGAAGAAAGACUUGAAAGGGAGAGACUGUAUCGAGAGCACUUGGAAAAGCUUGAGGCAAAGUAUCAAGGAGAGAGGGAGUCCGAACUAGCCCAACAUAAUUCACUGGAACAGAAGUUUCUUUCUGCACAGCAGUGGAAAAGGGAUUACAGAGAACAAGCCAAGUGGGAGCACUACCUGAGCUGUGAUGGGACUCCUGACCCCACUGUACCUCAGGAAAUCAACACUUUCAUGAGCCUGUGGCGUGAUGACCAAGAUCAGGAUGUCCAGCUUGUGAUGGAGAAGGAGGAAGUGGUGCUGCAUUUGGUUGAGAAGUUGGAGUUUCUUCUGUUGGAGGCAGCACCAGGAGAGAUCACAGACGAACAACGAGACCAGUACCAGGAAGUUAUUCUGCAAUUGCAGGAUCUGCUUCACCAGAAAUACAAUGAUGCUACCCAGAACCUGCUCAAAAUAGCUAGUAUGUAUGAAGAUUCUGAAACUGGGAAUAUGCACACAGUCCUAAAGGAUAAAAAUGUUACUUUCUGUAUUUGGGCCAAUCUGAAGAAGAAAGCAAGGUUCAAGGACCACGUGUUCCAGGGGGCAGGGCACGCCUUUGAGCUGCCCAUGUCCCUGGCCCUGAGCAGCGUGGCCGUUCGCCUGCUGCACACCCACUACGACCACGUGUCUCCCCUGUGGCUGCAGUGCCAGGGGCUGCCGAGGCAGGGGGCCUCAGCCACCCUGGGGUCAGCUGAGCUGCCAGAGGACACUGGGCAAGGACCAGGAGAAGAGGAGGAGAAAGGCAGGGAAGAACCCAGCGUGCCUGCUGCAGAAGAAACGGGUUCUAAGGGCAGAAAGGAGAGUUCUGCCUCACUGAAAGGGACCAGCAAUAACACAGAUGAUAUAAAAGAGACACAGGAGGAAACUGAGAAGAAUUCAGAAAUUUUGGAUGCAUCAUCACAAGAGGAGGAGGCCCCGCCGCAGGAGGAGCCGGGAGGCAGAGAAGAGGCGCCUCAGGUUGUGGAUUUGGAGCAGCUGGUGCCCGUGGGGGGCGUGUUCCACAUCUCUGCCCUGCAGCUGCCACCCCAGGCCCAGGACGCCGGGGACUGGACCAUGGUGGAGCUGCUGGAUGUUGGAUUGGAGGUGUAUCCAUAUUCCCCAGGAAAGGCUGAAGAUGGCACACAGGAAGCAGUACAGAUAACCCUGAGGCUCCCUGAUAAUGUGAUUUAUUUUAAAGUGCCUGUGGUAGCCCGAUGGGAUCCUGCAGGCCAAUGGUGGAGAACUGAUGGCAUCAGCAAGAUAACCUAUGAAGCAGAAGAAAAGAGCAUCACCUUUAGCAUGGGUGACUUUUAUACAGUAGCCCUUCUCCAGGAUGCUCACCUGAACCUGCCCUAUCAGGCCUGGGAAUUGGACCCUACUGGUGUGGAUGAAGGACUCUUCACAGUUACUGCAGUCUUUGCAACCAUUCAGAUACAAAUUAAGGAUAAUCAGUGUAUGUUGUCUUCAGUAGUGGUGGAAGAGGAGGAGGUGCUUUCCCACAUCACAGGGAAAUGGAUGAGUCCUCUUGCCCUCAGAGCAGCUUUGAAAAGAGCUGGAGUGAACAUUUUCCCAGCAGAGUACUCUCCCAAGUAUGUCCCUGUGCCCAGGAAGGCUGCCCUGGCAGAAGUGAAGGCCUAUGGACAGAUGGCUCUGCUCUCAGCUGCUUUUGCUUUUGCUCACAGCAAGUGGAAUGGAAAAGCAGGGCCAGAGCAAGUUGUGUUCAAGGUGAGUGAACAUCUCACGGCAGGUUCUGCCAAAGGCAACCACUGGUCUCUGCUGAUGUUCGAUGGUGAGAAAGUGCAACACCUCAAGCUCACUGAAACCAGUGAAGCUUUUUCAGAAGAGCUGGAAGAAGAGUCUGAAUUUCACUCCACACUCUACCAUAUGGUCAAGGAUUCUGCCAGCAAUGAAGCCAUGGAUAAAGUGGAAAGAGCUGGCUGCCUGUUCAUUGAUUCUGUGUAUCAGCUGCUCCUCGCUACCAGAGUCUUAGCAUACUCUUAGAUACUACUGCAUGCUUUCCUUCAAAACUUUAUUAUCAAAAGCUUUCAAUAAAGUUACAUUUCAAGUCUUAAA